AAGUGUGACCUGGAUCACGUGGGCGGCGCCGGGCUGGCUGGAGAGAGCGGGGUGAAAUGGCAGGAGAGGGGGAGAGUUUGCUGGGCUGCGAGGACGACAAACCGGUUUCAUGUUGCGGUAGGGUCGCCUCGGCCUUGUGCGACCCCCGGCAAGGGCUACACCGGUUCGUGGUGCUCAUCCUUAUGUGCUUUUUGGGCUUCGGUAGCUAUUUCUGUUAUGAUAACCCAGCUGCUCUACAAACCCAAGUAAUGAACGAUAUGCAUGUGAAUACUGUUAAAUUCAUGGAGCUAUAUGCCUGGUAUUCUUGGCCCAAUGUUAUCCUUUGCUUUCUUGGAGGAUUUUUACUGGACAGAGUUUUUGGAAUGCGUUUGGGAACAAUAAUCUUCAGCUUAUUUGUCUGUUUUGGCCAGGUUAUUGUUGCAUCUGGAGCCCUGGUGAAUGCUUUUUGGCUAAUGGAACUUGGAAGGUUUGUGUUUGGGAUUGGUGGAGAGUCACUGGCAGUGGCACAAAAUACAUAUGCAGUCAGCUGGUUUAAAGGCAAAGAACUGAACCUUGUGUUUGGGUUACAGCUGAGCAUGGCUAGACUGGGCAGUACUGUGAACAUGAACAUUAUGGGAUGGAUCUAUUCCCAAAUAGCAAUGAUGGUCGGCUAUACAGGCUACAAGACUCUUGGUAUAAGUCUCAUGAUAGCUACCUCAACAUGUGUUUUCUCCUUGUUGUGUGCUUUAAUGAUUGGUUACUUGGACAGAAGAGCUAAAAGGAUUUUAAAAAAAGAUCAAGGGAAAACAGGUGAAGUCAUUAAACUGACGGAUGUAAAAGAUUUUCCACGAGCCCUCUGGCUUAUAUUUGUCAUCUGUGUAUGUUAUUAUGUGGCUGUAUUUCCAUUUAUUGGACUUGGAAAAGUGUUCUUCAUUGAAAAAUUCAACUUUUCUCUGAAAGAAGCCAGUUUAAUUAACAGUAUUGUAUACAUUAUCUCUGCUCCAGCUUCGCCUAUCCUGGGAAUCAUGGUAGAUAAAGUAGGGAAGAAUAUAUUUUGGGUGAUGUCUGCUGUUCUGAUGACACUGGCUGCUCAUAUGAUGUUAGCAUUCACCUUCUGGAACCCUUGGAUUGCCAUGUGCCUACUGGGUAUAUCAUAUUCUUUGCUUGCCUGUGCACUCUGGCCUAUGGUGGCAUUCGUUGUUCCUGAACACCAACUGGGAACAGCUUAUGGCUUCAUGCAGUCUAUACAGAAUCUGGGUCUUGCAGUGAUUUCAAUUGCUGCAGGUUCUAUAUUGGAUUCAAAAGGGUACCUGCUACUUGAAGUAUUCUUUUGUGCCUGUCUCUGUGUGGCAAUAAUGGCUGUUGUAGUGCUCUAUUUUGUGGAUUUACUGUCAGAGGGUGAUCUGAAUGUGACUGCAUGGAAGCGUUCAAAACUCCAAGCUGUUGCGGCAGCAGAAUGAGGAUUAGGACUGGCAGCCCUCGGGCAGAAGUAUACAACCUUUCUUCAUCAAAACAUCAACAUGAAGAAUAUAUUUUUAAUACAGUUUACAGAUUUCACAAAGGGGCAGAGGGAAGAAAGCUCUUAGUUUAAUAGAAAAUUGUUAAUGUUGAUUGUAACAUCAAAAAAAACUGAGCAGCAAAAUGUUGUAAAACUAUUUUAAGAAACUGCCAAAUGUUUUAACAUAUUUGCUCAUUUUUAACUAGUAAGAUAGUUUCAGUUUAUUAAUUAUUUGUAAAAUGGUACAUCUUUUACAAUUCUGUGAUCCCUGGUUUUGUUAUCCACCUUUCAGUUGAUAUUCCUUGAAUGGGUAAGUUUAGCAAUUUAGAAUUUAUUUGUAACUUGCAUAUUAAGCUUAAGAAAAUAGCGAUGAAAGUUUUGUCGUACUGGAAACAAUCGCGAGCUAAAAAUUGUUACUUGAAUUUGCUUAAGCAAGGUCUGUGUCAAAACAUAUUAAUUUGCCAGUGAAGUAAUUCAAAUGGUUGCUUAUUUCAUUACGGUCACUUCAUGUGCACAGUGGUACUUUUGUAUUUGGCUUGUGUUUUGUAUUGCUCUUAUCUUGUAAGAGUACUGGUCACCUCGAUGUAUUUAUCAUUUGAUUGCAAGUUAGUUUUCAUUGGUUUAAUGCAAGUUGAACUGAAUUUUAUUUUCUCUGUAGAAUCAAUUUCAUUUCAGUAAUUACUUUUCAUUAUCAGUGAAUUGCUGGAGGGAAUGAAGGUACCCCAUGUGUUUGUUUUAGAAAUUAAACUGAAUCAACAGUUUGGUAACAAAUGGAAAUGUUCUAUUUAAAAAUUUCUUUGCUUAACAAAAAUACAUACUGUUUGAUUUUUCUCCUUGUG